AUGUCCAGCGCCGAGCCACUUGUACGUUUUUACGAUCUCUCCGGUCCAAAACCGUGGUCACCUUCAUGCUGGCUCACAAGAUAUGCUCUGAAUUACAAAGGGAUACCAUAUACCACCAUGAAGGUUUUGUAUCCUAGCAUUAAACCACUAUGUGAAAGGCUUUUUCCAGACAUGACUAGUAUCGGCGCGACGGUCCCAAUUGUCGAGAUUCUCCAGCCACCUCAUCGAGUCCUGAAUGAUUCUACAGCAAUAGCCAAGCUACUGAAUGAGAGGUUCACGGAGAAAGACGGAUUUAGGGAUUUGAAACUGGUGGAUGAGACAGACGAGUAUGAUGCCUCUGGCGCCCAGUUUAUAGGGAGGGCUAUUUUCAGAUGGAUUAUAAAUGACGUGUAUGAAACGGCUCUUGAUAAGGAAGAUGGAUCGCGUGGGUACUUCAAGACGACUAGGGAAGGCUUCUUGGGGUGCGACUUAGAGGAUGUUACUGAGGUGAGAAGUGGUGGGGAAGCUGCUGUACUUGAGGAUUUGAAAGUGCAAUGGGCAAGUCUGAGGGAGAGGAUGAUUAGUGAAGACGGGAAGGGCGAACCGACCUACAUCGACUUCUACGAUGCCGCCCACAUUAAAUGGAUCGGAGCGGCAUCUAGAGGGAAACUAGCAAAGCUCAUGGCUUUGUACGAAGACGACACAUUCAUUAAGCUGAUGAAUAAGGUCGAACCUUGGUCUCAAGGAUAA